CUCGGCCCAUAAAGAGCCCUGGAACUCUCGAGCGGCUCGUAUCGGCGAGGGUUUAGGCAUACGAGGGCAGAUUCCGGUGGUCGUCUGCUCCGACUCCGUUCGCGACCGGGACCCGAUCCCCUUCCUCGGGUCGACGCCCGCCGCCGCCGCCGCGAUGCCUCGGUAUUACUGCGACUACUGCGACACCUACCUCACCCAUGACUCGCCAUCUGUCCGUAAGCAACACAAUGCUGGAUACAAGCACAAGGCAAAUGUUCGAACCUACUAUCAGCAAUUUGAGGAGCAGCAAACUCAAAGUUUAAUUGAUCAAAGAAUCAAGGAACAUCUUGGACAAGCUGCAGCUUUCCAAGUAGGUGCCCCUUUCAACCAACAUCUGCUCUCGUUCCCAGGAGCCAUGGCCCGUCCUCGCCUUCCAAUUCUGCCAACCCCUGGCAUGCCUCAUGGAUUCCCUCAAGCACCUGGUGCACCAUUGAUGCCAGGAGUUAGGCCCCCGAUUUUACCAGCUCCUGGUGUUCCAGGUUAUCCUGGUGGCCCACCAACCAUGCCGCAACCAGGUGCCCCACCAACCAUGCCACCACCAGGCGCCCCACCUGGCUCCAUGCCACAACCAGGUGCCCCUCCUGGUUCGGUACCAAUGCAGAUAGCUCCUCUCCCAAGGCCUCCAACACUACCACCUCCAACAUCUGGGGUCCCAGGUGCCCCCAUUCCUAACAACGCAGCACCUCCAUCCAUGUUCCAAACGAAUCCACCGCCACCUGCAGGCCCGACUUCUGGUGCUCCUCCGGCUCCACCGUCUGCUCCACAGCCUGCAUUCUCCUAUGCUCAACCAUCUGAGGGCAACCACUGAUGCUGUUCCUCAGGCAUGUGAAGUAUGCACAGAAAGGCUGCUCAUUGGAAAGUCGGUGCUGCCAUCAUUUAACUGAGACCAUUUCUGUGCGUCUGUCACUUGAAUUUGAGGGGUUGUUGAGAAAAGCUUCUUAUGAGAGGAUUCGCUGUGGUUGGGAACUUGUAUGGUAGUUGAUGUAAGUUAACUAUGUAAUCGACUGAAGAUAUUAAUUUCAGAGACGCUUGAAAGUCAGAAUUAGGUUUUCUCUGUGGUAGAAAUUUCUGUGGCAUGGGAUGCUUGAACUCGAUAACAUAUCUACAUGUUGUGAUUCGUCAGUAUUCAUUUC